AUGCGAACCAGAAUUGGGAUAUUUUUGCUGAUUGCCGCAUUGUGUUGCGUCGCUUUCGCCGACAGUGAGAUGGGGAAAGACGUCGACACUGUUGAUGUGAACAAUGAGGACGACAACAAGCCGGACGAUGUCGGUACCGACAAAUCGUCGUCACCAAAGUCGAUCAUCGCGAAAGACAUAUCGUUCUAUCAUGGAUUCCUCGCCUCAUUCUCGGUCAUCGUCGUGUCGGAGCUCGGCGACAAAACGUGGUUCAUCGCGGUGAUAAUGUCGAUGCGACAUUCGCGAUUGACAGUGUUCGCCGGUGCGAUGGGAGCGCUUGCGCUGAUGACGGUGCUCUCAGCGUGUCUCGGCUGGAUCACACAGGUGAUCCCGCGCGCCGUCACUUACUAUCUGUCGACGGCGCUGUUCGCGUUGUUCGGCCUCAAAAUGCUCCAUGAGGGCUGGAACAUGUCGCCGAACGAGGGCCAAGAGGGCUAUGAGGAAGCGCAAGCCGAGGUGGCGAAGCGCGAAGGCGAGCUGGAUGCGUCCAAGUUUGAAGCGCUCGAAUCGGGCGGUGUCAAAGAGUCAAGCCAAACGACGAAAAUCUUUUUGUUCGCCUCGCGAAUCUUCAUCGAAGCGUUCACGCUGACAUUCGUCGCCGAAUGGGGCGAUCGAUCGCAAUUGACGACGAUCAUUCUCGGAGCACGCGAAAACAUUGCCGGUGUCAUUAGCGGCGGAAUUCUCGGCCACGGAUUGUGCACCGGAAUCGCGGUCAUCGGCGGCAAAAUCGUUGCGCAGAGGAUAUCGGUGAGAACCGUAACCCUCAUCGGCGGUGUCGUCUUCCUGUUGUUCGCAUUGUCGGCGUUGUUCAUCAAUGAUAUCGAAUCGGCGGCGUCCGCUUAA